AUGUACCAGCAUAAUCAAACUCAUUACACUCAAGUCACAGAACCAGAAUUAAAAGCUGUUCUAGAAGUUUUUCGGGAAAAUUUCUUUAAAAGAUUUGGUGCGAUCAAGCGAAAAUACAAUAUUACUGUAACUAUGUUACGAAGGAAACUGACCUCGUUUUAUACCAUUCCUAGUACUUCUACUGAAAUUGAAAAUGUGGAACAACCUCAACCAGCACAACCAACAGUCUUCAGAACCGUCAGCAUCGAUGUGGCUUUAUUUUGGGCAGUCAGUAAUAACCAACAAGCUGUUGCCAGGUAUUUGUUGGAAGAAGGUUUCGAAUACACAAAUUGCGAUGUUCGAAAUAAUACACCUCUUGAUAUUGCAAAAAGUUGCGACUUUACAGAAAUCAUUGAACUAUUUCCCAAAGAAGAAAAUGAUAUUAUAUCGAGCAUCAUUGUUUCCCAUUCCUACAGCUUUGAGGAAAUUUUUUCCAAUUUAAAAAAAGGCGAAAAGCCAAAAUUCUUUCUAGAUAUUUGUAACAUUUUAUGUGGCGUGAAAGCUGAAUCUGUGAUCAAAAUUAUAUCGGACAAAAAUAUUGACUUGUAUAGUUUUAUGUCAACAUCCGACAAAGAGUUAAAAGAAUUGGGCAUCAAUUUACCUUAUCAAAGGAAUCGUAUAUUAGGUGGACUCUAUAGAUUCCACAAACAACCGUUUCAUCCAAAAUCAUUGUAUUCUGUACCGUUAAAGGAAGUAUACAGUAAUGUCGAUAUGGCUGUUCAGCUGUUGUCAACAAUUAAACAAGUCAUAGCCAUGGAAGCUAGUUUGACAUAUAUAAUGAAACAUUACAAAAAUCAGCCUGUUUCUAAAGGAGGGUUACCUUUAAUGGCAAAAAAUAUUCGAACGAUAAAGACGAAAAUAGCCAGUUGCAAAGUGACAUUAAAUAAGUUGAAAGGGAAAACUAAAGGGCUGGAUAAUGAAGUUCAGCCUGUAGAUCUAAUUACAUCACGUUCCAAGACGAAUUUCUUACCUUGGAGGAAGAUCAUAUUUUCGUUUUCAGUCCUUUCUUUAGUAUUGGUAUGUAAAAUUAUGAAGUGAAUUUAUGUUAUACUUUUUUCAAAUAAGAAGAAU